UGCCCUUGUUUUCACUAUGUGUUAGGUAAUAUUGCCAUUUCGCUGUAACAACAGUGUGUUAAAACUAUUUCGUUCUACAAUCUACAGCCUACAGGGCAGUUAAUUUUUCGAAGAAAAGAAGAAUUUCAUUAUCUUCCCGCCUCUGCAUACAUGCAGAGACACAGCAGCUUACUUCAAGAUAAAAGACGUGAUGCUUAGUGCACAAAGUGGUACUACUACUCUAGUAAGGCUUAACUUUCUCUUGUUUCUUGCUCAAAAUCUGAACGCCUAUGGCAUUCAUAAACUUCAGGACCGAAAGAGAUGCAUGCAAUCCAAUACAACAAUCCACCUACCAACGUGUAAUAUCAUCAUUCGUCAAAUCUAUCAGAGAUCAGGGUAGGUCAGCGUAGACCCCCCUGGCUCCAUCCUCCAAAGUCAAAAUCUCCAUCGCCCAAGCAACAUAGACAUGGCUCCAGCGAUUUCUCCAAUUCGCCACACCUCGAAUGGUAGCAUUUCUAUUUCAAGGAGUAUCCCCCAACACGCACUGGCAAUCUGGCAUCUACAGUGUGCACUAGCGAUGAUGUACUCGCAUCUCGACACCUCCUGAUAUAUCAACACCUCUCGCGAACUACUCUCUAUUGGCUUGAGCUACCUUGUCUACCACUCUCGCCAGCCGGCUCACAAAGUCACAACCCUGUCCCUUGCGCGCUUGAUUAGCUUGAGCUAUAUAUCCAACUCCGGCUUGCUGCGCUGCGCGAAGAUCGUACCAUGAAGGUGCUGUGCGACGUGUGCGCGGCCGAGGCGGCCUCCGUCUUCUGCUGCGCCGACGAGGCCGCGCUGUGCGACGCGUGCGACCGCCGCGUCCACCGCGCCAACAAGCUCGCCGGCAAGCACCGCCGCCUGUCCCUCCUCCACCCUUCGGCGUCGCCAUCCUCAUCGGCCCAGAAGCCGCCGCCUCUCUGCGACAUCUGCCAGGAGAAGAGGGGGUUCCUGUUCUGCAAGGAGGACAGGGCGAUCCUGUGCCGGGAGUGCGACGUGCAGGUGCACACGGCGAGCGAGCUCACGAGGCGCCACGGCCGGUUCCUGCUCACCGGCGUGCGCGUCUCCUCAGCGCCCGCGGACUCCCCCGCGCCCUCGGAGGAGGAACCGGAAGACGAAGAGGAGGAGAACUCCUGCAGCGGCGGCAGCGGCUCUGCCAGCGCCACGGCGAGCGCGAGCGCGAGCGACGGCAGCAGCAUCUCCGAGUACCUGACCAAGACGCUGCCCGGGUGGCACGUCGAGGACUUCCUCCUGGACGACGCUGCCGCCGCUGCCUCCGCCGCCGCCGUGUACUUAGACAAGCCGUAUCAGGGAGUGCAAGCAGCUCGGACCGGUGGGGUGCAGUUGCAAGAAGCUAGUUACACGGCGUGGGCGGGCCGGGAGCAGCGGAUCGGGGGCGUCCCUGUCGCCGCGGGUGAGCGGGCCAGGCGCGAGCUGUGGGUGCCCCAGAUGAGCGCCGCAGGCGCAGGGGCCGAGUGGACCGGCAGCAGCAAGCGACCCAGGGCGCCGCCUCCCUACUCCUACUGGUGAAAAAACGUGCGGUUUUCAGUAGCAUGUGUACUCACAACACUAGCAGAUAAAACCAAAGAAAAUAGAGCCAAGUAGCUAAGCACCGGGACCAUGGCUUUUGUUUGAUCUGUAGAUGCUCGUUUUGAAAUUACUGAGCACCUUUGCUUCUACAUUUUGGAACGCAUCCUGCAUAUUCCUGAGCGCCCCAACUGUAUUGCAAUGUAUGUGCUCGUUCGCCAGUGUGCAUCUCUCGUACUGCAAAGGUGUAUGAGUUCUCUUGAA